AUGACGUUUGACGGAGACAGAGACGAAUGUGAAAAUCUCAUCCAGGCUAUGAAGAAAGUCGGUGAAACUGAUGGAAAUACUAAAGAUUUCAUUGUCAAUUUCAAUUACCUUAGAAAGGAAGCAGAAUGGAAUCCGUCUGCAAGAUUUGUCAUUAUCAUAGAUAAUAUUGAAGAUAAAACACUUGAAAAAGUAUUUGAAGAGUUACUAGAUUUACAUGUCUACAACGUUAUAGUGAUCAACGGAACGAACCAAGCAGAUAUUUAUACAUACAAUCCAUUUGAAAACUUUGCGUGUGGGCGUCAUUUUGAUAGAAUAAUCUCUUAUGGACAAUGUGCCACCACUGAGAUCUCCAACUAUUUUCCAAAUAAACUGGUGACUGGACUCCGAAAUUGUACUCUAAAUAUUGCAGUCCCCCACAUACCUCCUUUAACAUUCCACUUAGAUAAAUGUGACCUAAAACACAAGGACAAAUGUAUCGGCACUGAGGAGUACAGCCUUAAAUUACUGAGUGAACUAGAACACUUUAAAGUGAACUACAGCUACAUUGACUUUGCUGAAACUUUCUCAGCUAUAGACGAGGAUAAUAUGACUGCUUAUGGAUCUUUUGCCUUCAUACAAAAUAAACAGGUUGAUGGUCUUAUUGGAUUCACGGUGCUCACGGAUAUUAGGGCAAAAGCUUUUUCAUAUAUAUAUUAUUAUGCGGCCUAUGCUGAUGAAUUUGUUUUUAUUGUCAAAAAAGCUGGAAACAUACCAAUUUGGCAAAACAUAUACAUUGAAUUCAACCCUUCUGUGUGGGCUCUUUUUUUGACGUGUUUUGUUAUAAGCUCUGCUUUGGUCGUCUACAUGAUUCACUCAAGAGACAAGACUGCAAUUGUCUUAAAAAUGUUUGAUACCCUUUUCUUGCACGGCUUCAGUUUUCGCCAGGGACGCGGUGUGAGACUAUUUCUCAUUACUUGGAUUUGGUUUGCUUACUUGAUGAACUCUUUCUAUCAAUCUAGCCUGAUGAGCUUGACCACACACCCCAGCAAAGCCUAUCAAGUUUCCUCUGAAAGAGAUUUAGUGACCUUUAAAUUUAGACCUUGUGUGACACCAUCACUCCGAGGUUUUUUGACAUCUUUUGCUGAAAUGAGGUUUGACGGAGAUAAAGGCGAAUGCAAAAAUCUCAUCCAGGCUAUGAAGAAAGUUUGCGAAACUGACGGUCACGCGGUAGCGCCGCUCGACGUUGCGGAACUGAACACUGUAGACUGA